AAGGCAAACAGCUGAAAUUUCACUCAAAGUGGAAUUGCAAGUGUCUGGAUUUGGGGAAUAAAAGUCUCGUUUGCUCGGUGCUGGUGAAUAAAUGGUGAUUCAGGCUCUCGGACCAGGGUUUUGAAAUAAUGGCAGAAAAACCAAAUCUAGAGGGACAGCACUUAGCUGCAGAUGUUUUUGUCAUGAAAGAGAAACGCGUUCACCGCUCGAGCUGUGUGAAGUUUGGGACGCUGCUGGCCCUGGUGGUGGUUUUGCUUCUACUGGGUGCCUUUGGUGCUCACUAUUACUGGGAGCAGAGGGAGAGCAAGGUUUAUGACAUAUUUUAUCGAAUAAACAUCAAUGGUACUGUCAAAGAAAGUUUAAUGAAGGUUGAUGCAGUAAACAGCUUUGAAACCUUCACAACUGGAAAUGGGAGUGAAGAAUCUGUGGAAAUACAUGAUUUUAAAAGUGGACUGACAGGGAUAUGGUUCGCUGGAGGAGAAAAAUGCUACAUCAAAAGACAAAAUAAAAUGAUUCUUCCCAAUACUGCACCUAUCAAGAAUGAUGAAGAAUUGAUUAGUCUGCAAGAUGAAAUUAUGCCAGUGAAGUUUGAUGAAACUGUUGUUUGGGUGGCAGCUGAACAACCAAUUAAGGACCAACGUUUCCUGCUGAAUUCAAAAGUCCUGGAAGUGUGUGGAAAUCUUCCAAUUUAUUGGCUUCGUCCAUCAUAUUUGAAAGACCCAGGAUUUUAUGAUUUUGGAGAAGCAGAGAAAGCCGAAGAAGAUGAAUUCACUACACACUCAGACACCGAACCCAACAGAAAACGUCCAUCGCGUUCUGUGGAUGAUGAUGAUGAUGAUGAUGAUGAUGAUCUGAAUGACUAUACAGAAAAUGGACUUUACAUUGAUCCUUGGUAUGACCAGAAUGGAUUCUGUUGUGCUCUGUGUCGCCGUGGACAUCAAUAUUGCCAGCGAGUCUGUGAACCUCUUGGUGGCUAUAUGCCAUACCCUUACCACUACCGAGGCUGCCGCGUUAUCUGCCGGAUUAUUAUGCCAUGCAACUGGUGGGUUGCACGCAUCCUGGGGAGGGUAUAAAAUCAGUUCUCUGCAGUAAGUGUGUCAGCAGACGAUAGUGUCUAUUGCAGCCACUUUAGCUGCCCUGCCCUCCAAAUGCCUAGGUCUUUGAACCUGAUCACCAAAAGUGUUAAAAUUAUCAAUUAAAUGUUCUAAUAAAACAAGGAAUUCCAAUAUUUCACUUUCCUUUUAGAAUAUUGCAAGCAAGAUCAGACUUUGCACCUUUUGGACAUCAUUUUAUUCAGUUUCUGUAAGAA